AUGCAAUAUGUGGUGGCUGUAAAAGUGACAUGUUUUAGCACCAGAUUUGUAGUCCUCCAGUAGGAACACAUAAUCGGAAGAAAACAAUGGCUGUGGCAAUAGGAAGAAACUUCAAUUUUCAGCCUUGCUCUUCCUUCAAAAGUAAGACCAUCUUUAUACAUAAACCUUCACCAGGAAUAACAUACUUGUGGCUCCACCCUGCAGCAGGAGCCAGAGUCGCUAAUGGACGCAGUAGGCAAAUUUGUGCGGCAGAGCAACAGCGAGCAACAUGGCUCCCAGGGCUCGAUCCCCCGUCCUAUCUUGACGGAACUUUGGCUGGAGAUUUCGGGUUUGACCCUCUUGGACUUGGAGAGGAUCCUGAAAGCUUGAGAUGGUAUGUGCAAGCAGAACUAGUCCACUGUCGCUUUGCCAUGCUUGGAGUCCUGGGAAUUCUUGUCACAGAUUUACUCCGUGUCACAGGACUUAGUAAGAUACCAGUUUGGUUUGAAGCGGGUGCAGCGAAAUAUGACAUUGCCAACACACAGACCCUUUUAGUUGUUCAACUAAUCUUGAUGGGGUUUGUUGAAACAAAAAGGUACAUGGAUUUUGUUAGCCCUGGAUCUCAAGGUAAAGCCUCCUUCUUUGGAAUAGAAGAUUCAUUUGAAGGCUUGGAGCCAGGCUAUCCUGGGGGACCUAUAUUAAAUCCCCUUGGCCUAGCCAAAGACAUAAAAAAUGCUCAUGACUGGAAGCUUAAAGAGAUCAAGAAUGGGCGACUCGCAAUGGUGGCAAUGCUUGGGAUUUUUGUGCAAGCUUCGGUGACACAUGUUGGACCAAUUGAUAACCUUGUGGAGCAUCUCUCCAAUCCAUGGCAUAAGACUAUUAUUCAGACCCUUGCCAAUUCUUAGUUCUCUCAUAUGUCUUCAUUAUUAUGUAACAUGGAUCUACAAACAUUAUUGUAUGUUAAGCAUGGGGAAACAAACCAUAAUUUGAUGCUCAAUGACCCAAUAUAAGAACUCAUUUGCAA